UUGGUUCAAGGUGUAAAUUUGCUGCUAAGGUGUUUCUAACCAUUUCAAGAGCAAAAGGCCAAUGCAUCACAUAAGCAUAUUUGUUACUAAUCCAUUUUUGCUUAAUUAAAAUUAAACUUGGAUUAAGUACUACAUAUAUAUACUUAAAUCCAUAACAGAAUCAAGGGUAAUCAUUUUUUGUUCUUCACAAUCUCAAUUUCCAUCUAACAGAAAAAGGCAAAAAAAUCCAAAAAUGCACAUAAGCAUAUUUGUUAAUCAUCCAUUUUUUUGUUAAUUUCAAUUAAACUUGGAUUAGUGUUUCCAUAUAUAAACUAAAACUCUAACAGAAUUGAGGCUAAUCACAUUUUCUCUGCAAUCACAAAUCACAAUUCAACAGAAAAUCUCAGAAAAUUCUCUCAUUUUUCUCUCACUUUUUCACAUUUGGCAUAUUCACUUUUUUGAUUUCUCACCAAGAAUCCAUCAAGAUUCUUUGAUUCCUGGUGCGAUUUUUCUGUUAGAUCACAAUUUGCAGGUACCAUUUUCGCUUCUGUUGAAGGAGAUCGAAACAAAGCCUUGGCUGAUUCUUGCUGUGAAAAAACCUGCGUCGUCAAAUUGCAGUUCAAGAAAUCGCUUGAUGCAACUAUGCUGGAGCUGGAUUAGCAUCUUCAUUAACCUUCUGAACCGACAUCUUGCUUCUGUUUCGCGAUUUGAAGCUCGAUCGCACGGUUCCGCCAUCACUGCUCAUCAAGAAAAGGUACCUUUAGUUGCUCAAUUCCUUGCGAACUUUUGCUUUGCGUUGCUUAAGCAACUUGCAUUGAGGGACCCUUUGGAUCGAGAUCUUGGCUGAGAGACUUUCUAUUCAGAGAUGAGAAGACCCGGCUUGAAGGAUGAUGUUGCUUACAGUUUCUUUGACCCGGAUAUCAGUGUGCUGAAGGAUAUGAUAGCGUUGAUCACUCCUGACCAUGUGGGGUUGUUUCGUGCGGUGUAUGGGGGUAUUCUGAAGAUGGUUUUCAGGCUCAUGGACAGAGACAGGAGCGCCAUCCAUACUCUACUUCAGUUUUACGAUCCCGAGCUGAGAUGUUUCGUCUUCCCAGAUUACGUGCUAGGGCCGAUGUUGGAAGAUUAUGCUGAUAUUUUGAAUAUCCAGAUCAGGGAUCAAGUUCCUUUCCGUGUUACUAAGGAAGAACCUGAUAUUGGUGGGAUUUCCCGUGCUUUCUAUCUGAGUCCAGAGGAAGUGAAGAGUAAUCUGAAGGAGAAGGGUAAGCUGCCUGGUUUUCAUCUGAGUUUCCUAGAGGCUAAGGCUAAAGAGCAGUCAGAAUUGGGGAAUUGGGAAGCUGUCUGUGCUCUGGUUGCGGCGAGCAUUUAUGGGAUCAUUUUGUUUCCCAACCAGAAGAACUUUGUGGAUAUCAAUGCCAUCCGCCUGUUUAUUCGAAGGAAUCCUAUCCCUACAUUGAUUGGAGAUGUCUAUUAUUCGGUUCAUAACCGGAAUGAGAAGAGGCGUGGGGGUUUGAUUCGAUGCUGCGCGCAGUUAUUGGUCAAGUGGUUUAUGGGUUACUUACCAUCCAAGGGUGCUUUUGUUCUUCUGGGCCAGAAUGUUACUUGGGCGACCAAACUGAUGGGCUUGAGGGCUAAGGACAUAGAUUGGACUCACAGUAGUGGAGUUGGACAGGACUUUAUCUGCAGUUGCAGGGGUUUUCCUAAUGUGCCGCUUAUAGGGGUUCAGGGUUGCAUCAAUUACAACCCGACACUUCUUAAGAGGCAAAUGGGAUUCGCUAUGGAGCUUCCACCGUACAAGAGUGAGAUUCAGGAAUCUGUGUACUUCCCGGUUGAGGGUAACCAGGAUAGGGUAAAGCAGGUAUCCGAUGCAUGGCGCAGCAUUCAGAGGAAGGGCAAGGCUUCCUGGGGUAGAGCUAACAACAGAUCUUUUCCUCCGUUCGAUGAUUGGCUCAGAAAGAGAGUGGAGCUUACUUGUCUACCAUUUCCUAUGGUCGAUCCGUGGUAUCCGUUGGUUGAGGAGACUCCUUCUACUGUUAGUAUGGAUGAGUUCUUAGAGAUGAAGCGGGAACGAGACCAGCUACUUGCAGAGAAGACGGAAUUGGAGAUGAGUGUUGCUCGGGUUCAGAGAGCUAAUCAGGAGCUCAAAGCGAAGAUGGAAGAUCAGGAUAAGCGGCAUGCUUUGGAGACCAAGCGAUUUGAGAUGGAUACAGCCUACUAUGGGAAGGUUAGUCAGGCUUUGGCAUCUUCAGCAAAGGAGCAUGAUAUCACUAAGGAGAAGCUGUUCAGAGCAUCAAAGGUGAUAGAAGAUGAGAAGAAGAGGCAAAUCCUAGUCAGGGAUCAGAGGGAUGAGAGAGCCAGAGUCCUCGCUGCAGAGUGGGAGGCGGAGAAAGCAAAGAUCAGGGCCGAGAGAGAUCAUUACAUGGCAGAGAGAGACCACUACUUCAGACAGAUGAAGAUUCAUCAGAAGGAAGUUGGAAGACUACAGCAGGAGAACAUAGAGCUCGGGUUCGCCGCAGAGUUCGCGAGGAUGGAGGGCGAGAUAGGGCCAUCUGCGGGACCCUCAUCCAGUUAGAUCUUUCUUUCGUUGUGAAUUACCGUCAGGCUUGUUGACGGAAUUCACUUGUCUGUAUUUCUUUCCUAUUCUUGAGGAUUGUAUCUGACCUUAUCUGGUUGAUGUAUGACUAUUGCACUGAUUGUGCACUUUUGCUAUAUGAUGGU